AUGUACUCAAAAUUAGAACUAUGGGAUGUUAUGUUAUGUGUACUUGUAUUAGCGAACUUCUUAUCUAAUCUCAUAGAUUUUUGCGAAAAAAAGCUGAUUAGCCAGCGACAUCGAUUGCUGCAUUCGCGACGUGACUGCCUUGCUGCCGAUUGUGCAAUUGGUAUGGCGGUGUCGGUGAAUCGUGCCACUCCUGCCGAUGCGGCAGCGUUGAUGGGUAUGAUUAGGGAACUAGCAGAUUUCGAGAAAAUGCCUGAAGGAGUGAAGAUCGAUGAAGUUCGACUUGCUGCUGACCUCGAAAGGAACGCUGUGGGUGGUUUUAUACUACGAGACAGUGAUGAACCGGCUGCUAUGCUUCUCUUCUAUUUUGCCUACUCGACAUGGGAAGGACAAUAUAUUCAUAUGGAAGAUUUGUAUGUACGACCAGCGUUUCGUCGAAAGGGAUACGGUCGAAUGUUAUGGCGUGAGCUUGGCGUUUUAGCUAAAGAAAUGGGCUGCAGAAGACUCCAAUGGAAUGUGCUGGACUGGAAUUCGAACGCUUUGGCGUUUUACGAAAAAAUGCCUUCUCAAAAUCUCACGAAGAAAGAGGGAUGGUUACUGUAUCGACUUGACGUCGAUGGAAUCUCAGCCUUAGCUGAAUUGAAAUGA